ACGGCUGUCAAGUGCAGCGAAGGGACGUGGUUUCCUUGCGACCCUCCGUUCCCUCAGAUUGGCACCACACAUCCCAAUCCCCUCUCUUACCGCUUCAGUUUUAACUUCAAUCUUUCAAUAAUUUGAAGUUUAGCUCAUUGAUACUAAAGAAGCAUAAACAUUCUACCUGUUGUCCCUCUCUUCUGCUUCUUCUCUAUACAGUAAUAUCAGUCAGGGAUGCUUGGAAAAUUACUGGCUUCUCCUUUGUUGACAUUUAAUCCUACAGCAAGCUUUUGCCCUUUUUCUCAGCAUGAUUUGGCUGGCACAACAGCUGCAAGCACACCCGGGUGUGUAAAACCCUCAUGCAUUGUUCCUGUGAAUCACAUCUCCGAUACUCGGUUCUGUAUAUCUACAUCCAAGAAAUGGAAGCUACAUUCAACUGCUCAGAUUGAUAAUCUGGUGUUAAAUGACGAGGAAAAGAAAAUGUGGGACUCUUGCAGGCAAGCUCUGUCUUCGUUCAAGUUUAGUGUGGAGGAAGAAGACAAAAUACUAGGAAAAGCAUUUGGCUAUAUUCACACUCCGUAUUGGUACGAGGAACGGAAGAAGGAGGUGCCACAACUUGAAACCGUGAACGAAAUAUUAGAUUACCUAAGGAGUUUGAACCUCACUGAUGAUGAUCUCUGCAAAGUUCUUAAGAAGUUUCCCGAGGUACUUGGAUGUGGCCUUGAGGAUGAACUGAAGAACAAUGUGCAAGUUUUGUCGAAACAAUGGGGGAUUGAAGGUAAAACCCUAAGAAACCUCCUCCUUCGCAACCCCAAGGUGUUGGGUUACAAUGUUGAUUGCAAGGGGGAUUGUGAGGCAAAAUGUACACGCUGUUGGGCUAGGUUUUAGAAGUACUUGUGGUUUUCACUUUUCAACUGAACAUAUAUAAUUCUUGAUUACAGAUGUGUUUCUCCAAAAAUCUGUAUAGUAUGUAUGUAUGUAUAUCAUUCAUACAAGAGCUUUAACACUUUUAUUGUCUUCACCUUUUUCUCUUGUCGUGACAAGUAAUUGUGUACAAGCUAGAUAGCAUGUCUUGAUAAAAUUUUCUUACCCUGGAUUUAGAUUUA